AUGGCUAAAGGAACUCAUUCAGAAAGCUCAAGUGGCCAAACCGCAAGCGCUGUCCAAGCAGCCAUGAGAAAAAGAGGCGCAAAUACCAGUAAAAUAUAAUUAGAAUCGAAAUCGACUGGAAGAGGUGACGGGAAUGCUGGGGAACUAAAAUUGUACACAGAAGAUGCGCCUGGCUUACAAAUUGGUCCUAGUACAGUUCUGCUGCUAUCUCUAUCAUAUAUUGCUGUGGUGGUUAUCCUUCAUAUCGUUGGAAAACUUAAAGGCUAA